CGUAGGUUUUAUGCUCAUAUGCAUACAAUUGUGAUAGAGUACCAGAGGGGCGGCUGGUUGAAGAAGAGUUGUUCGCUUCUCCAACAACUUAGGGGAAAUAAUAUUGUGUUUAUUGCUUUAAAUAACCUUUCUUACAUCACUCUAGAACAUAAAGAAUCAUGCUUUGGAUCAAAAACCUCGCCCGGAUCUCUCCGACAACUUCAUCGGUCGGAAACUUGUUCAGAAACUCAGAAUCCUACACUCUCUCCUCUCGCUUCUGCACGGCUCUUCAACAGAGCGAGACGGUUCAAGUAGAUAAUGGGCUGGAGCAGCAGGAGCAACGUUACCACGGUUUGGCUCCGACAAAAGAAGGAGAGAAGCCGAGAGUGCUGAUUCUCGGGUCGGGUUGGGCGGGUUGUCGUCUUAUGAAAGGGAUCGACACAAGCAUAUACGACGUCGUUUGCGUAUCUCCGAGGAACCACAUGGUCUUCACUCCUCUCUUGGCUUCUACUUGCGUCGGUACCCUCGAGUUCCGGUCCGUCGCAGAACCGAUCUCUCGUAUCCAACCGGCGAUUUCACGAGAACCCGGUUCUUAUUACUUCCUCGCUAAUUGCUCUCGACUUGAUUCCGAAAACCAUGAGGUGCAUUGUGAGACAGUAACAGAUGGGCUAAGCACCACACUGAAGCCAUGGAAGUUCAAGAUAGCUUAUGACAAGCUUGUACUAGCCUGCGGUGCGGAAGCAUCCACGUUUGGGAUUAACGGGGUGCUAGAAAACGCCAUCUUUCUCCGUGAGGUUCAUCACGCUCAGGAGAUCCGCAGGAAGCUUCUUCUCAACCUCAUGCUAUCCGAAGUUCCAGGGAUAGGUGAAGAGGAGAAGAGGAGGCUGUUGCAUUGCGUUGUGGUUGGAGGUGGACCGACCGGUGUCGAGUUUAGCGGUGAACUGAGUGAUUUCAUCAUGAAAGAUGUUCGUGAGAGAUAUGCUCACGUCAAAGACGACAUUCGUGUUACUUUGAUCGAGGCGAGGGAUAUACUUUCUUCAUUCGACGAUGGGCUCAGACAGUAUGCGAUUAAGCAGUUAAACAAGUCUGGAGUGAAGCUUGUGCGUGGGAUUGUGAAAGAAGUAAAGCCUCAGAAGCUGGUCCUUGAUGAUGGAACCGAUGUUCCUUACGGUCUCUUAGUCUGGUCAACGGGUGUUGGUCCAUCUUCGUUUGUUAAGUCUCUUGACCUUCCAAAAGAUCCAGGUGGCAGGAUUGGAAUCGAUGAGUGGAUGCGUGUGCCUUCAGUAGAAGACGUGUUUGCAAUUGGUGACUGUAGUGGAUAUCUUGAGAGCACAGGGAAGUCAACACUUCCUGCUCUUGCACAGGUGGCUGAGAGAGAAGGCAAGUACUUGGCGAAUCUACUGAACGUGAUGGGAAAAGCUGGAGGAGGAAGAGCCUGGAAUGCAAAGGGGACUGAACUUGGUGAACCAUUUGUGUACAAGCAUUUGGGAAGUAUGGCCACUAUUGGGAGAUACAAAGCUCUCGUUGAUCUUCGUGAGAGCAAGGAAGGAAAAGGGAUAUCAAUGGCGGGGUUCGUGAGCUGGUUCAUAUGGAGGUCUGCCUAUCUGACUCGAGUCCUCAGCUGGAGAAACCGCUUCUACGUCGCUAUUAACUGGCUCACCACUUUCGUUUUCGGCCGCGACAUUAGCCGUAUCUGAUCCAGCUCUUCCACAUUGCUAUGUCUCUCUUGUAGAAAGACUUUUGAAUGAAAUGUUCUUUGUUUAAUUGAUACUACGACUACAU